AAUGCACCUGAGAGGGAGGGUCUAGUCAGUUAUCUGUAGGCUGCUUCUCGGCCGUUCACUCUGAUUACGGCUCCUCUGGAAAAAGGGCGACCACAGGAGGGGAAACACGGAGCUCUUCGCUACUUUGAGAGGACACUUCUGAGAGAGAGCAGAACUGCUGACCCAGCAGGUAGUGGACAGAAGUGAAAGUGUUGCCCAGUGUAACAAGCAAAACAAAAUCAGUGCAGUGCAGGGAAAUGCAAAGGAAAUCCCCGAUCUGAGAUGGCUGCAAUCAGAAAGAAACUGGUGAUAGUUGGGGAUGGUGCGUGUGGGAAAACCUGCCUGCUUAUUGUCUUCAGUAAGGACCAGUUCCCAGAGGUCUACGUCCCCACUGUGUUUGAGAACUACAUCGCUGACAUUGAAGUUGAUACCAAACAGGUGGAGUUGGCAUUGUGGGAUACAGCAGGUCAGGAAGACUAUGACAGAUUGAGGCCUCUCUCCUACCCUGACACAGACGUAAUCCUCAUGUGUUUCUCCAUAGACAGUCCCGACAGUUUAGAGAACAUUCCUGAGAAAUGGACACCUGAAGUGAAGCACUUUUGUCCCAAUGUCCCAAUCAUCCUCGUGGGCAACAAGAAGGACCUUAGGAAUGAUGAACACACACGCAGAGAGCUGGCCAAGAUGAAACAGGAACCAGUAAAGCCUGAAGAGGGCAGAGACAUGGCCAACCGCAUCAGUGCCUUUGGCUACCUGGAGUGUUCAGCCAAGACCAAGGACGGAGUGCGGGACGUGUUUGAGAUGGCAACCAGAGCGGCACUGCAGGUGCGCAAACGUAAGAAGAGGGGUGGCUGCCAGAUUCUGUGAACAGCCAGAGUGUGUUGGCCACUCAGCACCUGAGGGAGGACUACCCCCUCCCCGACACACAGAGCAAACCUAGAGAAACCUUAAAUCAAUGGCUUCCAUGGACUUCACAGACGCAGAUAUGCCACUGGCAAAUAUGAAAGACUGACACACCUGUUUAAAAGCAAAACAAAUCAGCCUUUUUUUUUUCUUUUUCUUUUUUUUAAAGCAGCCUCCUCUGCAGCUCACACCUAGUUAUUGCUUCUUUCCUGUUUUUUCUCUACCAGAACACAAGCUUGUUUGAAGGACCAACCCGCUUACUUUACUUUUAUACAUAUGAAUGUAUGUUUGUAUUUAUGUGCAUAUACUUUAUAAAUGUCAUGCAUUGGCCACAGUGUAAUGUUUGUUUACAGAGAAGGGUUUUGUGGACUUUCUCUCACAGCUAUGAGCUGCACACAGCUUUACUUUUGCUGUUUUCCUCUGCUUCUCUUCAACCUGUGUGUACCACUUAGUCUCCUUUUAUACAUCAGCUUCAGUCAUGAUUCAUAAUCUUUUUUUGUCAGACAAUUUAUUUUAGACCCCAAAAGUUCUAUUUCACCAAGUGCUGUGUCAGCAGAGUGCUGUUUUCCACAGCUUUCCCUUCUGACACAAAGGACUAAAUUUAGAGCCUGUUCACACGUCAUUAAUCCACUGAAACCUACAUAAAGUAAUGCAGGAGUGACUGUAUGGAGAGGCUUUGGACUGCACCUUGGUCUCUGUCUCUCUCCAUGGCGAUGGCUUAAACUGGCACUGCAGACAGUGGUCUAUUGUCUUGGACACAAUAUGCGCAGUCGUGCUCACACCGGCUCUGGCAGACGUCACUACAUCUUUCCCCCUGAUGAGCCCUGCAUCCUGCCUGUACUGUUUGAGGUCCAGUAUACAGUCAUCUCACAUUACUGUGUACUGGACUCACUGCGGAUGAAUGCACACAAUAUACAGCCAUAUUAAUAUUAUAUAACAUCAGCCUAGUCUGUGUGUAAAGGUAGCUGACAACUAGAUUAGCAGCUCAAACAUCAUUGCGUGGUGUACAGGAGCCCUUAGUCACUGUAUGGACAUUCUUUGAGUUGUGAACAGGCAAAAAAGCAGUGUCUCUUGAGUAGCCCCUAAAGAUGAUAGAAAUGUUUCCAAACAGUGUAGACAAAGGUGGUGAUUAAGAAUAACAGUGAUGUCUUUUGGCCCUAAGCUAAAACCGUAAAGCUGAAGAGAUUUUACACCAAUGUGACAAAACUGUAAAACAGAAUUGGAAUAAAAAAAACAUAAUGGGGAAUGAAACGCCAGUUUAAGCGUGUGUCUGUCCUUCAGAGCCAAAAUAAAGAAGUACAGGGCAAAGGCUGUAUUCACUCUUGCCCAGGAAGAGCCCAGAUCAAAUUGUUUGUGUAUUACAUCUUACAAAUAUUCAUCUUGCCACAAUAACAAAAGCAAGAUGUUCUUCCACUUGGAGUGGGCGUAGGCUAA